GUAGAAAAUAAGAAAUUUUUAGAGACAUACAGUGACCAUGAAUGGAUAAUUAUUGAACCAUAUUUAAGAUGGUUAGCUCAAAAUGAAGAACUGGUACAAUUAAUGAAUAAUGAUGAAACAUGGAAUGAAAUAUUACAACCAUAUCUUUAUAAUGAAUCAUAUUAUGAAAUGAUUCACGUAUUAAAAAUAAUUAUUAAAAAAGAAAUUGAAUCCUUUGAAGAAGAAUUGAGGAAACAAAUAUCAGAAAUUACAGAAGAACAUCUUAUUGAAACAAAAGAAUACAUGAUACAACAAGAGAAAUAUACUCAAUUAGUAAAAAUAGUAAGAAACUACAGAUACAAAGAGAUAAUAGAAGAAUUCUCUAAACUGGCACAAGAAAUUGAAGAGAAAU